AUGAAAGGGGUAAAUGAUUUUAUUAGAAAAGUUAAUGAUACAGAAAAAAUGAAGAGAUAUUUAUCAGAUCAUAGCUCUUCGAUAAAAAUAUAUUGUUUCUUUCUAUUUUUAGUUUUUAUUUUUUAUCAUUUAUUUUCCGAUGGAGAUUUUUCAUUUUUAUUAACAUUAUCAUCUGUAAUUAGUAUGUUUUCAUUUCUAAUGGUAUUUGUUAAAAUUGAAAUGAACAAAUCUUGUGCAGGUGUUUCAUUAAAAAUGAUGGAAUGUUAUGUUGUUCUAAAUACUGCAAGAUUAUUAUCUAUAGUACCUUUUGAAGGAUAUCUACCAUAUGAUAAAAGUGGAGAUUGGUUAUAUCAAUUAGUUGAAGCAAUUUCUUUAUUUAUUAAUUGUUGUAUCGUAUAUUUGUGUAGAUAUAAAUAUAAAAACACAUAUGACAAUGUAAAUGAUAUAUUUAAUAACUUAUUUUUAAUUAUACCUGCAUUUAUAAUUGCAGUUUUUGUUCAUCCAUCUUUGAAUUCAUUUCUACCAGCUGACGUAUCAUGGUCAUUUGCUUUAUAUCUAGAAUCAGUUUGUGUAUUACCACAGUUAUCUAUGUUUCAGAAGGAAGGAAAAGUAGCAGCAUUUACAACUCACUUUUUAGCUUCACAAGCUUUUUCAAAAGUUUUGUCUUUUUUUUUUUGGAUAGUAUCACAUAAAGAACUGAACUCAUCAGAUAAUAUUAUUAAGUCUUAUGUUGGUUUAUGGGUUGUUAUUAUGCAAGUUGUUCAAUUAGCUCUAAUGGGAGAUUUUAUUUAUCAUUAUAUUAGAUGUUUAAGCAAGGGAGUAUCAUUUGAUAAUUUAUUAAAUGAAAAUGUUUAA